UAUUUUCCCUCUCCAUUUCCGCAAAUAAACGCCAGAGAGGAGCAGGGUGAGUGUGGCGGCGACUCCAGCGGAAAGUGAAAACAGACAGACAGCGCCGAGCCGCGUGCCAGGGUUAAACCGUCAGCCGUUAACGACACCGGACACGGAGCUAUCCAACAGCAACUGCAGCACUGGCAGCCUUGCCCACGCAGACCGUCCCCGUGCCCCUGUCCCCUGCCCUGCCUUUGGAUUGAGGUUCAUCCCUCCACUCCGCUGCCCUCGCCACAGGCUCACAGUGAGGGCGUCAUGGUGGACGUAACCAAAUGGCCCAUUUUCAGCCUGAUGGGGCCCCAGGAGCUCUCCGCCAUACGGAAAGCGUGCGUGUUUGGAACGUCUGCUAAUGAAGCCAUCUACAUCACCAAUGAUGAUGAGGUGUAUGUGUUUGGGUUGAACUGCAGUAACUGCCUCGGAACAGGGGACAGCCAGAGCACCAUUGUACCCAAGAAGCUGGACUUCCUGAGUGGGAGGAAGGUGGUCAGCCUGAACUACGGCAGUGGACCCCACAUCCUGCUGGCCACAGAGGACGGAGAACUAUUUGCCUGGGGACAUAAUGGCUACAGCCAGCUGGGAAAUGGGACAACAAACCAAGGAGUAGCUCCAGUGCUCGUGUCUGCCAACCUGCUCAAUAAGAAGGUCACAGAGGUGGCCUGUGGCUCUCACCACUCAAUGGCUCUGACUGACUCAGGAGAAGUGUAUGCAUGGGGUUACAACAACUGCGGUCAGGUGGGCUCAGGCUCCACAGCGAACCAGCCCACACCCCGCAGAGUAUCCAGCUGCCUGCAGAACAAGGUGGCUGUCAGUAUUGUCUGUGGUCAGACCUCAUCUCUGGCAGUAGUGGAUAAUGGAGAGGUGUACGGUUGGGGCUAUAAUGGGAAUGGACAACUGGGACUUGGAAAUAAUGGGAACCAGCUCACUCCCUGCCGACUUGUGGCUCUGCAGGGUUUAUGUGUGCAACAGAUUGUCUCAGGCUAUGCCCACUCCCUGGCACUAACAGAUGAGGGUUUGCUCUAUGCAUGGGGCGCCAACACGUAUGGACAACUGGGCACCGGCAACAAGAGCAACCAGCUGAGCCCGGUUCAGAUCAUGACUGAGAAAGAGAGGAUUGUAGAGAUUGCUGCCUGUCACUCCACACAUACGUCAGCUGCUAAAACCCAGAGUGGUCAGGUGUACAUGUGGGGCCAGUGUAGGGGCCAGUCUAUAGUGCUGCCUCACCUCACACACUUUACCUGUACCGACGAUGUCUUCGCAUGCUUUGCUACCCCGUCGGUUAUGUGGAGGCUUCUUUCCAUGGAGCAUGAUGACUUCUUGACUGUGGCUCAGUCUCUCAAGAAAGAGUUUGACAACCCAGAGACAGCUGACCUCAAGUUCUGCGUCGAUGGCAAAUAUAUCUAUGUCCACAAAGCAGUUCUCAAAAUCAGGUGUGAGCACUUCAGAUCCAUGUUCCAGUCCCACUGGAAUGAAGACAUGAAGGAAGUGAUAGAAAUAGACCAGUUCUCCUACCCGGUCUACCGCUCCUUCCUGGAGUUCCUCUACACAGACAACGUGGAGUUGCCUCCUGAAGAUGCUAUUGGGCUGUUGGAUCUGGCAACGUCUUACUGUGAGAACCGCCUGAAACGUCUUUGUCAACACAUAAUCAAGAGGGGGAUCACAGUCGAAAACGCCUUCUCCCUGCUGUCGGCUGCUGUGCGCUAUGAUGCAGAGGACCUGGAAGAGUUCUGCUUUAAGUUCUGCGUGAAUCACCUAACCGAGGUGACCCAGACGACCGCUUUCUGGCAAAUCGAUGGCAACUUGCUCAAAGAUUUCAUAUGUCGAGCCAGCCGCUGUGGAGCCUUCAAGAACUGACCUCAACCCGAGGUAAUGAUAGAAACAGAUGUAGAGGAAACUGUGGGAUUCUGGGAGUAAAUUGUCAAAGGAUGUCACCACCCCCAGUCGGCUCCACAUACAGUGCCUUCCCUGACAGGUGGUUACACAGUGGAAUCCUUUAGAUUAUCACCAUUGCUGUCAAACCUCUUGUUCAUCUCAUUCCAGACUAAAACCACAGCCAUUAUAUGAGCUGUAUGCACUGAAAUGACAGGACAGAGCUGACCAGUAGCAGCAUCAUGACAGAGUACAGUACCUGACUGCCUGUUAAUUUACACAUAUUGUGUAAAAUGGGACACUAUCACUUGAUCAUGUUGUUUUUUUAAAUCUUGAAAUAUUUUUGAAAGUUGCCUAAAAUCAAUUUACUUUUUCUGUUUAAUUGACCAGUGUUUGCACUUUUUAAGAUAUGAUUUUGUUCCUCUUCACUAGAAGACCACAACAUAGUUUGGAUGUGUCAUCUGGAUUCAUGGUUUUUAAGGUUAAGUUAUGAGGCUCUGCACUUACAGAUGUCAGGAUAGAACCAGUAUUUUAAAAGACUGGACACUGAUGUAUCAAGAAUACAGACUCAGACAUCCAAUGUUUGAUUAAGUCUGUUCAGUGAUUAUUAGUCAGUUGCUACAAUGUUAUGGUGUGAUCUUUUAUCUAGGUUGUAAGUUGACCCCAAAGAUGGGAACUCAGGUGGUAAUUGAGAUUCAGAACAAAGCCUUUCAGUCUUCAAUCUAUUUUCACUUUACAUUAGUGGAUUACAUAGGCUGGAAAGUGUUACUUUGUGCAGCUACAGCUCCAUAACAUAAAAAAGCUUGUUUAGUUUGUCUGUUUUUAUUGCACAUAACCAGUCACUGGCAGUUGAAGUUCCCUGGCUAUCAGCUGUAACAAGUGUAUGGAACCAUUACAAAUCUGUUUAAGGCAUGUGGCCUUGCAAAAGCUUAGACUGAGAGGGCUUUUUAUUUUACAGUAUUAACAUUUAUAGUUGUUUAGUGACAUUUGCACUGCUGCUGUAAGUAUUUUGAAGAAGAUAUUUGCUAAUUUCUAUGCUGGACCUUUCUAAUUUAAAAUCAUUAAUAAUGUUUUAUUGGUUGAUACUGAGUAUUAUGAAGUGCCAGUUGCAUUUUUUUGAGCAAAUUAAUAAAAAUACUCGGAUCUA